AUGGCCGCGUCCACCGUGUCUGUCUGCUCCAGCAACCUGAACUCCGGCAGCCGGGUCUGCCUGCCCGGGUCCUGUGACUCUGGCUCCGAGUCCUGGCAGGUGGAUGACUGUCCAGAGAGCUGCUGCGAGCCCCUCUGCUGUGCCCCCAGCUGCUGCGCCCCAGCCCCCUGCCUGAGCCUGAUCUGCACCCCAGUGAGCUGUGCGUCCAGCCCCUGCCAGUCAGCCUGCACCAGCUCCUGCACGCCCUCAGGCUGCCAGCAGUCUAGUUGCCAGCCAGCUUGCUGUGUUCCUGUCUGCUGCAAGCUCAUCUGCUGCAAGCCUGUCUGCUGUGGGCCCAUCUGCUCUGGAGCAUCCUCUUCCUGCUGCCAGCAGUUUAGCUGCCAGCCUUCUUGCUGUCCCUCCUCCCCCUGCCAGCAGGCUUGCUGUGUGCCUGUCUGCUGCAAGCCUAUCUGCUCUGAGGUUUCCUCUUCCUGCUGCCAGCAGUCUAGCUGCCAGCCCUCUUGCUGCACCUCCUCUCCCUGCCAGCAGGCCUGCUGUGUGCCCAUCUGCUGCAAGCCUGUAUGUUGCAAGCCUGUCUGCUGUGAGCCUAUCCGCUCUGUGGUUUCCUCUUCAUGCUGCCAGCAGUCUAGCUGCCAACCAGCUUGCUGCACCUCCUCCCCCUGCCAGCAGCCCUGCUGCAUGCCUGUGUGCUGCAAGCCCGUCUGCUGUGUGCCCACCUGCUCUGGGGCUUCCUCUUCAUGCUGCCAGCAGUCUAGCUGCCAGCCGACUUGCUGCACCUCCUCCUGCUGCAGACCCUCCUCCUGCGUGUCCCUCCUCUGCCACCCCGUGUGCAAGCCUGCCUGCUGCGUGCCCAUCCCCUCCUGUUGUGCCCCUGCCUCCUCCUGCCAGCCCAGCUGCUGCCGCCCAACCUCCUGCGUGUCCCUUGUCUGCCGCCCUGUGUGCUCCCGCCCAGCCUGCUGCAGUUCCACCUCGGCCCAGAAGUUCAGCUGCUGA